GAUGUGAAUCUUCCAAGAUGGCCGCCUGACCGCCGCACCCCCCAGUGGCCGCCCCCCGCCCUCCGCCCCCUCCCUGCCCCGACCCCGUCAUGCGGGUGGCCAGAGAAAGGGGCAAGUGGAGGGCGGCGUCUCUCGUGCUGGUGCUCCUGCUGGCCCAUCUGCUGCUAUUACUACUCCUGCUGCUACUCCUGCGCCCAGACCACUUGCCUCCUGCCUCCGCCACCGCCGGGGACGCCGCAGCUGCCACUGCCGCUGCCCCAUCCGCCGCCCCCCGACCAGACUUCUUGGCAAUCCCCGAGCACGUGAGUCCCCCUGCGUGGGCGUGAGCACCGGCAAGACGUGGGCGUGGCAGCCUGUCUAUACUGUGGUGAUCGACGCGGGGGACACAGCCACCCGCACCCACGUGUUCUCCUUCCUCCGCUGCUGCCUUGACAACACCUUUCUGCUGCAGAAGGAACACUACUUCCAGGUGAACGACACGGUGCUCAACUACGUGGCCGCACCGCACCAGAUGCGGUUCCUGCUGCUGCCCCUCCUCCGCCGAGCCCGUAGCGUGGUGCCAGAGCCGUAUCUUCCCUACACGCCUCUCCUGCUCCGUGCCACGCCCUCCCUCAGACGACUGCCACGCGUCUACGCCACACGCCUCAUCUACAGGGCGCGGAAGAUCGUCGCUCGCACAGCCUUUCUUGUGAAGCGAGAGGAGGUGACCAUCAUGGCGGGACACGACGAGGCAGCUGAUUUGUGGCUGGCGGCGAAUUUCCUCACAGGUCGCCUUUACCAGAACGACAGCCUCCCAUUUGCCACAGCCAACCUGGGAGGCGGAACAUUGCAGGUCACCAUCCCCCUUCCGGGCCAGCCAGAGCACAUCAAGAGGACCAUUAGCCAAAGGAGGAAAGGCGGCGGAGUAAACCAAAGCGGCGAUAGAAAUAAAGAACACGGAGGUGGAGGGACGGGGAGCAGCGCGCACCAGGGAGGAAAACAAGACGCUCGGGGAGUUGACCUGACGGCAGCCUCUAAAAAUACGCACAGGUGGAAAACUAGCGAUAAGGCAACCAGUGAUAACCGAAGCAGCGGAGGUGGAGGGAGUGGUGGUGAUGGUGGUGGUGGUGGUAGGGCGGGAGGGACAAGGACGCGAGGGAGAGGGAGGGGCGGGAUGAGAGGGGGUUUCACGGUGUACAAAGGGAGUCAAAGUCAAUCAGAACACGUACAAAAGAGAGGUCGUGUCGGCGCCUCUACGCGACACAGGGACACUUCAGGUUCUGCCCAGACGCCGAGGCGAGAAUCCGAGAGGCGAAACAGUUGGAAGAGGUUUCGAGGCCCUUUUAUGAAGCCUCGGAACAGAGCAGUGAAUCCAAGCCAGCGUGUGAAUAAUUCUGUUGUUAUUGUACCUCAGAACGCGAGUGAUAGAUCGGGAGCGGGUGAGAAAAAACUUCUUAAAGAAAACAGCGAACCGAACAGGGCCUUCCGAGCACAAGACACAGAAUGGGAAGGUAAUUCUAGACGAGAAACAACAGAUACUCGCAGGGACACGGAAGAAAACAAAGCAAGACAGAGGAAUGAUAACGUAAGUGGAAGUAGAGGCAGAGAGACACACGGAAACCAGGAAGGGAAAUUCAAAGAUAACAACAGCCCGGGCUCUAAAAGUGGGACAAGGAAAGGAGACAAGAAAAACGAAGAAAGCCAAGUAGGUGAACAGACGGAGGAGAAACACAGACAUGGGCAUGGUAAAGGAAGAACACCAGUCGUAGGGAACACCAAAGGCUCAAUAGUGAACGCAGAGGGUCCCACACGAACACAAAUAUCAAGAAAAGGAGACAAACUGAAUACAGAGACACAACGAACUAAAAGCACCAUUGGUUCCACACUUAAUCAUACGAGUAAUGCAGACAAACGCGUCACUUUAGAAGGAUCAUCCAACAAAAGGUUGGACUUGUUGGCUUCCAGAUCACGCAGACUUCGACCUCCUCGACGAAGAAAGCAUCCCAGAAGACACAGACAAAGAAACCAGAAGAAACCAACACGAAGAAAAGGAAGCAAUAGCAAUAACAGCACUCAGAGUGAACACAGGAAUGAGAAGAGUAAUUUAUCUGGACAACAGCAACAGCAGCAGUCAUCCCUCGCGUCCCUCUCACCCUCACUGCCUGCUGAAGGGCUGCCAGGACCUGCCCGGAAGCAAAACACACAUCGAAAAUCACGGAGAGAGGACACUGAACCCCGUCAAGAUGCUACCUCGGAGAGAACCUCGUCUGAUCAUGAACACCACCAGAAUCGCUCUCAUGUUUCCCCUGUCCAGACGACACACCCAGCAGAGGCUCAGACUCACGGUCAUCGUUCAGUGCUCCGUGAAGGGCAAAGGAAAGAUAACGUGACUCGACGGAGAAACUUGAGAACUCAGGACAAAGGCAACAAGUCAAUUACCACUAAUAGUCAAACAACACCUCGAGAAAAAAUUAGUGUUUCUAAAAGCUCCUCAAGUAAAGUGACGGACAGCUUUACUCCAGACAAAACAGCUAAUGAGAACUUGGCGAAUGGUAGUGGCGAGAUCGAUAAAAGAGGGGAGGAGGUCGGCGGCGGAGGCGCGAGAGGGACAGUGACGUCACACAGGGAACGGGAAACAAACGAAAAAGUGAUGAAAAACAGCCACAACACAACCUUGCAAGAGAGCCGGGACAGAGAAAAAACGAGUGCGUCGACGACUGGAAAUCAUUCACAGAGAAGAAGAGGGAGAAGAAAAUUCAGUAGUAAAAGAAGACGAAAAGCUUGGAGUUUGCGAAGAAAGAGACUAGAACAACAGAGAAACCUUUUGCACAACAAGGGAAACACAACACACAUCACUUCUGUGCUCGGCGCCUCCCUAAGUGAUAAUCCACAUGAGGCAAACAAGACUCAGAGUGUCGAGGAGUCAAGGAGAGCAGACAGACGAGAGGCCGAGCGUUUGUCUGUCCGUGAGAUGACAGACUCCCCGCUGCCUCAGGUAAGUGGCAACCGUCAGGUUAAUAAUAAGAUCCACCAGCACACAACACGGUUUGAUCCAUCCUUCAGCAGCAGCGACACACAGACAAGUCCACCCGCCACUGCCUUUCCUUUCCCAGAAAGAAAAAAUCAGCCUAGAUUGAUGUCAAGACGAGAUAGAAGACGUCAGCGUCAGCGAACGGCUCGCGUGCAAUCUGGCGCCACUGCCUCGAAACACGCGUCUCUGCGUGUUAACGCCCACGUCGCCGAGAACCAAAGUCAAGAUACAUAUCAAAGGAAUAGAUCAGAGAAUUUACAAAAUGUUCAGAAACAGACGUCUCAUCGCCAGCGUCAUAACCAUGGUGGUCGUCGUCGCCAUCGCCGCCGUUAUCGUCGUCGUCGUCGUCGCCGUUAUCAAAGGAAGGAGGAUGUUCGCGGAAGGAGAUCAGUGGAAGAAGUCAGACAUAAUGCACUUUACGGCCCGAAUCGACUCUUGCCUCCUGGUGAGGAAAGAGAGUCAGUCAGGUGGAGAAAAAACGAUCAAAGAAACAGAAGAGAAUUAGCCGACCCUUUUCUUGUUGUGGGUGACUGGAGAGGUUCUUUACGCAGGAGUUAUUUUGGAACACCAUUUCCUUGGCAAAACGCUCGGGAGAGAUGGCGGCGCCUGAUGCCACGAAGAGACACCGAAAAGUCCUCCCAAAGUGGGGCGGGAAACUUUUGGCAGAGUGUUAGAUCAGAGGAGCCAGUAGACUCCCCGCUGAGGACCGAGAUUAGAGGAAGUUCAGGCAAAGAAUUUCAAAAGGCCUCACGUUUUCUGAGGCGUCGGAGAAGCGUCAGCAAAUUAGCCUGGGAGACAAAAGCAAAAAUGAAGGCCAAAAGGCAAAAUUUGGCUGCGGCUUUAAGUCAGCGGUGCGGAAGGACUGGUGCGGGAUUAUUAAGGUCAUGUGGGGAGCCGGAGAUGAACUGCCAGCCAGGUGAGGGAGACCCUCGCCAGGCGGAGAUGGUCGACGGAAAAUGUGAUCACCUCAGCCUUGCCGGUAACCAGAGUGCCUCGGCCGAGCGAGAACCUUUACCAGGGAAAGACCGCAGCCCGAAACGAUACCUACAGCAAGUCGGUGACACCGCACUCGUCAUGGUCACCGACGGGGGAGGAGAGAACGGUGGCGGCUACCAGCGGACGAGGAGGGAACUUCGGAAUCUCUCUGGCACUCCGAAUGUCACGUACCGAUGCUCGCCCUCUCACAAAUACUGGCUCUUCGCCUCCAGCAUGCCUAUGGGUCUGUAUCCUCUCAGGGUGAAGAUCCUGCAGAGCGGCAACCUAACCCGCGUCGUCCCCACCUCGCAAGACUCGAGGCCUCUGGAAACCACGAAUGUAUCACCGCCGACCACCCAGCCCCCGCCCACCCCAGCCACGCCGCACCACCGCUCGGAUAUCCCGCCGGAGGAGGAAGAUUACAUUGGCGAAGACGAAGAAGAGGACCCCAGCCAAUACUCAGGAAACCCUUCCACUCCCAGCACCAUUCAACCAACCCAUCCAACCACUUUUGUCCACUCUACUCCUCCAUCCACGACCCAGCAGCCACCACCGCCCUCCCGCCCGCCCUACACUACAGUGAGAGUAACGAAUAAGUGGGUGGAGGAGACGCUGGCCAAGGUGAAGACGGUGGUAGACUCGAUAUUGAAAUCCAUCGGGUCUGCCAGAAGCAACGUGGAGGAGAACAACGGCAAGAAGACACCAGAUCAAGAUGGAGUGAAUGGAAAUAAGGAAGGUAGUGAGAAAAGGAUGGAAAGAAGAAAGGGUGUAAAAGGAGAAAGAGAAGGAGGAAGUAGCAGAAGUGAAGAUGGCGAGAAAGGUAAGGAGAGAAAUAGUGAAGGACAAGGACAGGCGAGGGACGACCGAGAAAGAGGAACCAGAAAAGAAGGAAUCGAAAUGGGAAGGUUAGGAAAGAAGAGGUCGCGAGAGAGAAAUAGGAAGGGGAAGAGUGAAGGAAACAGAAAGCGAACAGAAAGAAGAGAAAGCCAAAUCACCUUGGAAAGUUCGGAAGACCAGGAAGCAGACGGCAGAGAGGGAGAAAGGAACGGACGCGGGGAAAACACGGAGAGUUUGAGAAACGAACACAAUAACAGGGAAAGAAGAAAGCACGGGAGGAGGAGAAAUGCGGCGAGGAAUAAAACAGAAAACAAUAGAAGUUUUCUUGAUAGUGGAAACGGAGGAAGUGAAUCAGAAUUUUCAAAUAAUACAGUAAGUCAAGAAUCGGACAGAAUUCCCGGCACCUGGAAACAGAAAGCCGGUGGUGCCUCCAUAUCUCCACCAAAUCGAGUCUCCGAGGUAUCUGGUGCCGAUGAAAGUGUUUCCGGUAGCGAGCCAGAAGGUGGGGAAGAUGCUGCUGCCAGGAACACGGAGUUUGGCGUAGAAACUGAAACUCUUCCCGAGCCUUUAUCUGUUGUGUCUCAGGGUGAGGGCAUCGCGAGGGUCGAAGGUGAAAGACAUUCAGGAAAAAAAGGCGAAGGUACAAAUUAUUCACCGGCUACCAAUGUGAGGACUGAAUCACCGGUGACCUCUUUUCCUCGUGACAAUGGAACCAGAGUGAAUUAUGGAGACGAACAUGUGAUGACUUUAGAAGCGUCUACUUCCCUCCCGACUAGAAUCUCGUCCAGCAUCGACUCAGGUAACAAUGGUAAUGACACAACGGGUAACAGCGGCGCUCCAGCCUCCAAGCAGACUAUCUCCUCCGUGACGGACCUGCUCUUCACCGUCCCCAACGAGAGGGUCAUCAAGCCGGCGCAAAACAGUCAAGUUCAGAGCGAAAUAAAGUCCACAGAAAAAUUAAUACGGACGUCCCUGGAAGGUCUCUUGUUCCGCGUUCCCCCGGGCGGCACCACGAGUACCAGCAAGCAGUCACAAGAAGAAAAGUCAAGUUUGAAAACUUCAGAAGGUAGUCAGACGGUCACUGCAACUACUGCCGUUCCAGACGCCACGACACCGAUGCGUGAAGUGACAAGACCAGACGGCACUGAAGCCCCGAGUGUGGACGCCGAGACCAUUGUGACAGACAGCAAACCAGCUCACCGCCAGAGGUCCGAAGAGAGGAGGAGAAAAAAGAUCGCUGGAGCAGAAGGGACUCAGGACACAGUUUACCAAAGACUCAACGCCACAGAAAAUGAAUCGAGACAGCCAAACAGGGCAGAGGAGAAGGAGGAAGAGCAGAAACAAGAGGAGGAAGGGGACCUCAUACUCCGCACGGCUUGUCUUCCAGUAGGUUCCAUAGGACGGUUCAAAGUGGAGGGCGUGACGUACUUGGUGACCGGUAUGGGAGCGGGACCAGGAGCCGAGGACUGCUGGAGAGAGGUCACCAACGUAGUCAAUAGACACAUCCGAUUGCCAGCCCUGAACCAAACCACCCUUCUGGCCACCACCGCCUUCUACUUCGUGGCAGCCAGCGCUAACUUGAUUGAACCGGAGAUGACCUACGGCUUCGUGAGGGUGGAACAGUUCCGGCUGGCGGCCAACCUUAUGUGUGCCAGGGAGCCGCGCCUGUUGCCGGACCCGCUGGCCUGCCUGGACUAUCAGUACGUGGCGGCGCUGCUCACCCAGGGUCUCCACCUCUCCGAUGACACUGAGGUCCUGGUGUGUGAUAAGAUCCAGGGUUUUCGAGUUGGAUGGGCACUGGGUGCCGCCCUAGACUACCUCCAGAACCACUGAGACCCGCUGAGUACGCCGGACGAAAGGAAUUACCGAGGGGAAAAAUAAGUGGAUGAAAAUAGAUUUCCCGGCCACCAGUCUCUUCUCCACCGCUCCCCCCUCCCCCGCCACCAACCCUCCACCACCCCACGUGCUGACAGAUAGAGGAGCGAGAGAGAAGAGGAACGUGGGCGGCGGAGUCUCCCUACGAAGAAGCUCAUUGUGAUAUUUUUAAGUAACUCAUGCGUCGAUUGUGUCUCACCCGCCUCCUGCCUCACCCGUACACUGGACAUGCUACGUACAGGUGCAUUUAUGACAGUCCCUCCUUUCCUGGUAAACAAGGCAAUCAGAAACAAGACAAUUAGUAGAUCCUCUAACCUCAGUUGCAAAGGUCUUGAUCAUCAUAAUGAGUGGCGGUGAGCAGUGGAGGCGGGUGGAAUAGAUCUAGCAUCAGUCUGUAUUUUACUCCAUGUACUGCCACUUAUUGAGAGGAGACUGCACUACUCUCCCGUGUUCCCCAAGCCACGCUACCUAAGGGGAGUGCCCUGAGUUACCAUGGUUGUGUUACCAUUACCCUACAUUGUCUGCCCAUGCCCACAAUAGCUAGUAAACCGAGUGCUGGGGAGUGCCACGGUGCCUCCCCCUUUAUUGUGUCCAUGCCUGUGUUGGUGGUUACUCGUACGUUUCACCGCUGGCCUCCCUCUCAGCGUUGUCUUGGUAGUGUCUCGCUGGUGGUGUCCCCUGCCCGUGUCCCUCUCCUCCCCCGCACUGACUCACUCAUUAUCUCGGCUCCUCGACGCCCACACAGCCCGGCACACCCAACUAUCGUGUCUUCACUUGUCAGCCGUCCUCGUCACCUGGCCUCUCUAUUAACAAAUGGCAAUUUCAAGUUGUGUUACCACGAAUUUCCCGCCUUGAGCAGGAGGAAUGGUCUCGAGAUAGGAGUUACGCUGCUCCUGGUCUCUCUAAGUGUAAAAGGGAAAAAAGCUUGAAAUAUCUGGGGAAAAUACUGCAGGAAAUAAUUAAGGGCAAGGAGAAAGUCUAUGCAAAACUGGUGUUAUUCGCUGCUUCUUCCUUUGAUAGUUUCUCCCUCGCCCUCAGCCAGAAUCUCUCAAGAUUUUCGUGUCCAUGUUUUCCAGCGGCAGCAAAUAAUAAAUUGAAGCCAGACCCAUUCAGCUUCCGCCGCUGGCCACAGUUAACAAGUUUGCAGGAGUGGCGCGCGGACCCAACACGCCACUGACUCGCAAUUGCCUCAGCUGAAGGUCGCGCGACAUCAACACUUUACUCUUUCUAUUGGAUUCUAGCAUUACAUUUUUUCUUUUUUUUUUUUUCGUCAGUUUUCAAUUUCACGUUCUGUGGAUAAUCGCCGCUCUUGUUACGGCGUCCUGCGCUGCCACCACGCAGAGGAAUUACACUACACGCUUAAAGGUGGUUCGAUUGGUGAUGCUCGGUAUUUUAAAUCGUUGCUUAGCACCGCGAAGCAACAAAUCUGUGUUUCUAUCAAGGCGCACAGUAGUAUGCUGAGAGAAAAAUUAGUAAGGUACGUUGUGUGGCUUUCGAUGUAGUCAUAGGGAGAGGAAUAAACACUGAACACAGGACGCUGGUGGUGUAACGAGAACACAGCAACUAAUUGACAUUGGAAGUAAGUAGUAAUACCAGCUUGCUUUGUACGUUAGAAUGCCUCAUAAUGUCUCUUAUAUACGUCAUCGUAACUAUUCUGUCUCUGACAAGACAAGAUAGUACAUAUCAUUAUAAACAGCCUUGUAAGGGAUAACUAGUACACUGCUGUUUGUUCUUCCUUAUGUUCAUUAGGUGUUCCCGUGUUAUUCUCCAUGGUAACAUUUUUGCAGUCCCGUGGCGAGCCAAUAAGUAUCUCUGGUAUCUAGCUGGAGUCGUCACACGCAGAGCAAAGGCAUUGACACGUAGCUCAAGAUGGUGUGGUGCGGAGUGAUGCGGGCGCCAGUAUGCCGCUGCCCAGCCUGCGGGAGGUAAUGAUGGAGCAACGCCUGUGACUCCUCAGCGUGCUGCCUGGCACAAGAGAUGAUAAGAGACUAGAAAAUAAAAAAGUAAAGACUGGACACUGACUUCCCUGAUCGCUGUCGGUCUCUCUUUCGCUCUAAAACCACAGGCAUUAGAAACCACACGAAAGUUGCAUGAAAUAAGUGAAAUGUGAGAUUGUAUUCUCGUAAAUAGGAUGAGCUUCAUAAAAGUAAGUCAUUAUAGUAUUAUUUAAGCCUCCGCAGGACACGACGUAGCGAGUUGUCUCAUUAUUUUAGUGUGUGUGUGUGUGGGUGUGUUUGUAUUUUACUUUCAAUGUUUUUUUUUUUUUCCAAAGGGUUAUAUGGUGGGAAUUUACUGGGGAAUUAAUACAUGAGUGAGUGAGUGAGUGAGUGCGUGAGUGAGGGCAGCAUGUUAAGUUUACGUUACUUCCUGAUUAAUUAUCUCAAGAAACGAGCACUUCCUCACUAGGACGUAAGAUUUUGUAGUGCAGAACUGAGAAAUAUUGCAUUUUUAUUCCUCCUAAUGAGACAACUUGCUCAAGAGGCUGUACAUAUUCGAAAAAUCGUCCUCUGGAGUUAGUGGUAGGGCGGUUCACCAGUGUGGCUCUUCUCUUCAGCCUCCCUCCACUGCCACUCCGCCAUGCUCUCGAGAGCUCCAGGAAACACUUAAUUUUACAAUCUUCACAGCAUCAGGAGGCGCAAUACUGGCUGGUGACCUGAUCCGCGGCCUCGUCCCACCGCCACUGGCACCCUCAGCCUCUUGUGGCGCUGGCAAGGGCAACGCCAGGACUGCUCGAUUACUCCCCUAAUUUAGUUACCAGAUUGGAAACUGCCGUGCCAGUCACUGCGUCUGAUACAGGAGUGCUCGUAAUAUUGGCGGGCAUAUUACUGGAAUAUGGUGACAACUGUAAAGCACGGUCUGUGAGAUUAAUAGCUUGUGUACGAUAGUAACGCAGUUCUGUACCGCGUCCCUCAUAGCCCGGAGCAGCAAGGCGCCCCACUCCUGACUGCUGCCCAGCGGUAACAGAUACGUAACGUGCGCGUCACGAACUAAAACAGACGAUUACAGUUAAUAGUUGGAAGCGUGUGAUAGUGUGUCACAAUUACUAUGUUGAGCUGUCGCCCUGCCGAGGGAGGGAGGCAGCCUCAGCCCGUCACUGCCAGACCACUGCGGACCUCACGUGUGCGUGUGCGACGUCACGGAAGGUAGUCAGCGAUCCUUCAUGGAAGCAGGUCCUCAGCCUUCCUCAUGACCUAUCAUAAGGUAUUUAAUUUAUUGAUAUUUCAUCAUCAGUGAUAAUUCGGUGACGUCCUAACAUCGGCAAUAACCUUCAGUGACGUCAGGGUAUUGAUAAAGAUAUUAUUUUGUCUUGGUCACGUGUUGUAUAUGAUCACUACCUCAUGGAAACCACAUCUGCCAUAGCGACCUAAGCUAAACUAAGUUGACCAGUUCCUGCCAAGACAAGCUUUCGGUCUGUAAUUUUAUUUGUACUAAGCGUUUAUACUACUGUAAGGUGACUCAGAUGGAAGUAAGACGAAAAUAAAGAUAAUCUGUUUUGGAAA